AUGCGAAGGCUUACAACUUUCAAACAGUUAGAGGCUGACAUUCGGAAUGUCCUCGCCGUGCUACAUAGCAACGAGGAGGACGGAAAUCAGUACCUUCUUCUGCUCGGACUCUCGCCUGAGAAGAUCCAAAAUAUCGAUAAGCACCACCUUUUCGGCGCAGACUGUCGGUUCAAUGGGAGGGCAUCGCCGGACUCUUGA